AUUUGGAUUGGAAGCCUCCUCUACGCACUAAAGAAUGGCGGACACGGACAGAGAUUCGACUGCACCUACGAGUCGGUGCAUCUGUAAACAAAUCGAUGUCUAUAAACACAGACGCUACCAUAACAGCGAAAACAAGUUGAUCGGUACGUUUUGUACUAAAUGUAAGACAGAGAAUCUAACAAAGGAAUAUGUAGUGCGCGUCAAAGACGAUGAGGAUACAAAGGAGUAUGGUGAAAUGCAAGAGAUGCUAUCAAGGCCUCUCCCAAACCAUAGUGAGAUCAAGGCAUUCCAAGUUCGAAGUUCCAAAACAAAAGUUGACCUGACACAUUUUGCUGACAUACUGAAGCCAGGCGACCAAAUCUCCUGGCAAGGACGGUACUUCUUCUGGCACCACGCCAUUGUCUCAGAAGUUAUUGCUGAGACGAGCGAGUUAAUGUUGAUUCACUGGAACAAGGAGGACGGCCGCAUCAAAAUCAUCCGUAGCCGUUACAACGUGGACCCGAAUGAAAAUAAACUAUUUAACAAGAUGUACCGUAUUGACUAUUCGGAGGAAAUUACAAAGGCCAAUGACCAAGAACUGGUGUUGGCGAGAGCUCGGUCCAGGNGUUGA